AUGCAAACCCUACCUAACAGCAAUGGUGCCGCCGCCGGACGGGACUCUAAGAUGAAGUUAUGGGAUGUCGUGGCUGUCUGCCUGGUGCUGCUCCACACCGCGUCCGCCUUCCCGUUGCCCGCCGGUAAGAGGCCUCCCGAGGCGCCCGCCGAAGACCGCUCCCUCGGCCGCCGCCGCGCACCCUUCGCGCUGAGCCGUGACUCAAACAUGCCAGAAGAUUAUUCUGAUCAGUUUGACGACGUCAUGGAUUUUAUUCAGGCCACCAUCCGAAGGCUGAAGAGGUCGCCUGAGAAGCAAAUGGCCGUGCCACCCCGGAGAGAGCGGAAUCGCCAGGCAGCGGCUGGCAGCCCGGAAGGUUCCAGGGGGAAAGGGCGGCGAGGACAGCGGGGCAGAAACCGGGGCUGUGUCUUGACUGCGAUACAUUUAAACGUCACUGACCUGGGUUUGGGCUACGAAACCAAGGAGGAACUGAUUUUUCGGUAUUGCAGUGGUUCCUGUGACGCGGCCGAGACCAUGUACGACAAAAUAUUAAAGAACUUAUCCAAAAAUAGGAGGCUGGUGAGUGACAAAGUCGGGCAGGCUUGCUGCAGACCCAUCGCCUACGAUGACGACCUAUCGUUUCUAGAUGACAACCUGGUUUACCAUAUUCUAAGAAAGCAUUCCGCUAAAAGGUGUGGGUGUGUCUGACUCCGGCUCCAGAGACUGCUGUGUAUUGCAUUCCUGCUACAGUGCAAAGAAAGGGACCAAGGUUCCCAGGAAAUGUUAGCCCUGAAUGGAAGAUGAGGACCAAGGAGGCGGAGGCAGAGG